AUGAUGUUGCUUAUCUAUUUUCUUCUCUUUCUUGCUUUUCAUGUCCUCGAAGCCCAUGCAGCAAACUGCAACUUUUUCAGUGAUGGAUGUUGGGUUUUUGAUUCAUCCUACCCACUCUACGAUUCAUCUGCAUGUCCCUUCAUACAGCGUGAGUUUGACUGCCAGAGAAAUGGCCGGCCGGACCAGAAGUACCUCAGUUACCGGUGGCAACCUCAGGGCUGCCGGUUGGCAAGAUUCGAUGGCGGUGAUUUCUUGCAGAAAUUUAGGGGAAAAAGUAUCAUGAUCGUAGGCGAUUCUUUAUCCCGAGAUUUGUAUCAAUCAAUUCUAUGUUUGCUAUACUCAUCAGUGCCCGGGAUAAAGUAUAAUCGAAACAGAGUUGGCUCCAUUUCCACCGUCACAUUUUUGGACUUCGGAGUAAAAGUGAAGUACGAUUUGAAUCCAUUUUUGGUGGAUUUGAUAGCCACAGAGAAUGGUACGUUGUUGAUACUAGACUCAGUGGCUGAGAAAGCAAAUCUAUGGAGACAGAAUGAUGUGCUCAUCUUCAACACCUACCAAUGGUGGUUUUACAGGGGAACCAAACAACCGUGGCAAUUUGUUAAAGUGGGAGACAAGAUAUUGAAAGACAUCGACCGAAAUAUUGCCCUCAAGAGGGCACUUGGUACAUGGGGUCAGUGGGUAGACAGCGACAUGGAUCCUGCUAAGACCAGGCUGUUCUUUCAACCGGUUUCUCCAUCACAUUACGAUGGCAGGGAUUGGAACCAACCCGAAGCGAGGAACUGUGCAGACCAAACGGAGCCAGUGCUAGGCUCUGUAUAUCCAGGAAGGUUGCCGCCAGCUUUAGGGUUGCAGAAGGAGGCAUUGAGCUUAAUCAAGAAGCCCGUGACAUUGUUGGAUAUAACACAUCUUUCGCAGUUUCGCAAAGAUGGACAUCCUUCCGUUUAUGGGCAGGAUGGAAGGAGUGGAAUGGAUUGCUUGCAUUGGUGCGUAGGGGGUGUUCCUGAUAUUUGGAAUGAAAUCUUGUACAAUCUUCUGUUCAUCCCAUGA